AUGGAGAUAAUUAAAUUUCCAAAUGAAUCGGCAAAUGAAUUAAAAUUAUUGAUUGAAUCAAUUUAUCCAAGAUAUGCCUUAUUAUGUAAACCAAUUUGUGAUUAUGUCAGACUAAUUAGAAUUAAUAAUAUAUUAAGUGAAUUACAUGGAACAUUAAAAUUAAUAGGAAAUUGUGCUGAUUGUAAGAAAAAAAUGACAAAAGGUGAUUAUCUUCUUAUGAUGUAUUUGAAUAAAUCAAUUGAUGCAUUAAAUGAAUUUUCAAAUAGAUUUAAAAAAAAUGAGGAAGAAGAAAGUAUAAAUUUAAUUAUAAAAUCAUAUCACAAUUUAAUUAGCACAGAUGUUAGAUUGAAUGUUUUUACACAAUUAUCACAAAAUGAGUCUAAUUGGGCUAUAAGAUAUUAUCGAACUCAAAAAGGUUCUAGAUAUUAUAAAACAUGUUUGGAAAUGCAAGAUUCUGAAUUCAAAAAAUAUUUUAGAAUGUCUAAAGAAAUACUUGGAAAUAGGUUUGGAAUGGGAGAAUCUACAACCGGAUAUGUUUUAAGAGAUGUGGUGAAUGCUAUAAAUAAAAGAUUUUUGAAAGAAAAAAUCAGACUUCCAGUGAAUGAGAGUGAAUGCUUGGAGAUUAGUGAUGGGUUUAGUAAAGUGGCAGAUUUUCCAGGAAUAUUUGGUAUUAUAGGAUGUAGUCAUAUUAAAAUCAAAUCGCCAUCGACUUUUGCAACAAAUUAUUAUAAUCAUCAAAAAAACCAUUAUUCAAUAAUAAUACAAGCGGUUGUGGAUGAUAAAAAGAAAUUUAUUGAUAUGUCGGUUGGUUAUCCUGGUUCGACGCAAGAUAAUAUAGUCGGUAGUAAUAAUAUUAUUGAUGACGAUAAAAUUAUUAGUAGCAAUAGUAGUGGUAAUAAUUUAUCACAAUUUUAUCUUUUAGGUGAUGUUGGUUAUCCUAAUUUAAAUUGGAUGCUGACACCAUACAAUGACGAUGAUCAAGGAACGAUUCUCACAAGAGAGGAAUCGUAUUAUAAUUUGUGUCAUUCACACACAAGAAAAAAAAUAGAACAAAGUUAUGGAUUGUUAAAAUCUAGAUGGAAAUGUCUUAAUAUUACUUUUGAAGCGUCAAUUGAAUUUGUAGCAUUGAUUGUAUCAGCUUGUUGUAUUUUACAUAAUCUUUGCGAAGAAAGAAAAGAAUUUCUACCACCAUGUGAAAUCUUUUCUGAUAAUGAGAAGGUGGAAUUUACUCGUAAUAAUAUUAGAUCAGAAGCUGGUAUUUUAAAGAGAGAUAAAAUCAAAAAUCAUUUAUGGUUUACAAGAACUAAUAAUGAAACUGAAAAUUUUACUAAUUAUUAUUAA